AUGUCUGACAAGAAUACCUCCACCCUUCAGUCCUAUGUUGACUCUGCUUCCGGCGCUGUCCAAUCUGCUUUUGGCGCUGUGAUUGGAAGUACUGCUGACAAGAACGCCGGUGAAUCCAAGAAAGAUAAAGCGACCCUCGAGAAUGAGGCCUCGCACGCCACAGCUAAGCUCGGAGGUUUCACCGCAUCUUCCUCCGGUGCUGUCACAAAGGACGACCCCAACCGCCAGGAGGGAAGCUGGAAUCAGACCUUGGGAUCUGCGAAGGAGGCAGUAGGUGGUUUCAUCGGAUCAGAGGAUCUUAAGCGCCAAGGCGCCCAACAAAACGCCGAAGGCAAAGGCCAGGAGGCUCAAGGCCAACUCAACGAUUUCACCGGUGGUGUUGCCAACCGCGUGUCUGGAGCGGUAGGUGGUGCCUUUGCAGGUAUUACUGGAAAUCGGGAAGCCCAGGAGGCAGCACAGGAGAAGCAUGACGUUGGUAAGACACAGCAGAGGGGUGCGGAGUUGGAUAUUCAGAAGCAAAAUAAGUAA